AUGGAAAUGUGGAGAGUAACAGUGGCUUUAUUCCUUCUGACAGCAAGUGCAUUUGUGGUCAACUCCCAACAAAAAGCUCCUGAUGAACAUGUUGGUGAUGUUGUGUUCCUGGUUGAUGGAUCUUCAAAGUUGGGACGUUCAGAAUAUUUGCUUGCACGAACAGUCCUUCUAAAAAUUAUCAGCAAGCUGGAAAUCGGAGAAAACAGAUACAGGAUUGGAUUGGCUCAGUACAAUGGUGACGCCCGAACUGAGUUCUUACUGAAUAAAUUUCAAAACAAGAAUAAUGUUGUGAAUUUUCUGAAGAAGAAUUACAAAUUUAAGAAUGGCAUGGGUCUAAGAACAGGCCGCGGUCUCGAUUUUCUCCACAAAACCUUUUUCACGCCGUCCGCCGGAAGCCGAAAAGAUGAAGGUGUUCCUCAGCUUGCAGUAAUAAUCACUUCUGCACCGUCAGAGGAUGAUGUGAGCUUAGCUGCCACAGCCUUGAAAAACGACGGUAUCAAGGUUCUCUCAAUCGGUGUGCGGACCUCAGACUUGAGGGAGCAGGAAAAGAUAGCCUUUCUUCCAAAGGCACCAUUUGUUCUCCAGUACCCUUCACUUAGCAAUAGCAAACUCAUAUCUGCUGAUGUAAUAGGCGUCAUUAAAAAUAUGACAAGAAAUCGACAAUACGUAAAGAGUUCCAAAGACCAGCAGAUUUGGAGAGCAAUUGAGGAGUUGGAAGUGUGCCAGGCUUACUCAGUGGCUGAUAUCAUUUUCCUGGUGGAUGGAUCGGGUAGCCUCGGAGAAACCAACUUUCAGCUGAUCCGAGAGUUUCUGUCCAAUGUUAUCAGUGCAUUUGACAUUGAGAUGGACCGAGUGAGAGUGGGUUUGUCUCUGUAUAGUACGAUCACAAUGCCAGUGUUUUAUCUUGAUACACCUCUAAACAAGACUGAUAUGCUCCAGCGCUUGAAAAGCAUACCUUACAGGAAAGGAGAGUCUCUUACUGGAGCUGCGAUUGACUAUACAACACAGAAUAGCUUUGUUUCAAUUGCUGGUGGUCGGGCAGAUCAAGGAGUUCCACAAAUUGCGGUGGUGAUCACUGAAGGAAAGUCUCAGGAUGAUGUGACUUACCCUGCGGCUGCUCUUCGACAAGCUGGUGUUACUGUUUUUGCAAUAGGCACCAGCAAAAGUGAACUCCAAAGUAUUGCUUCACAUCCUUUUGAAAAUUAUAUGACAAACCUACCUAAGUUUGAAUUGUUACAAAAACAUGGGACCAACAUCCUGAAGAAGAUUUGCUUUGAGCUCGUUAAACAGACAUCCAUAGUAACUGAACAGAUAGAGCUGCUUCAUCAAGGUUGUGUUAAAACUGAAGAAGCCGAUAUUUUUUUCCUGGUCGAUGGAUCAGGGAGCAUAAAACCUGAAAACUUCAGACUCAUUAAAACGUUUAUGAUGAGGGUAGUGAGAGGCUUCAGUGUUGGUCCAGACAAGGUUCGGAUUGGUGUUGCCCAAUAUGCUUCAAAACCGCAAACAGAAUUUAACAUUACUCAAUAUACCAGUAACUCAGAGGUAGAGUUAGCAAUUCAAAAGAUUGGUCAAAUCAGAGGCAGCACUAAUACUGGCCAAGCCCUCAGCUUCAUGAAAACUCACUUCAGAGAGGCAGAAAGAAGUCGCGGAGUUAGAGUACAGCGUUUUCUGAUCACCGUUACAGAUGGAAAGUCUCAGGAUAAUGUAAUGGCGCCUGCUGAACAAUUAAGACAAGAGGGAAUUGUUAUGUAUGCUGUAGGUGUGGGUAAGGCUAACGAGCCUGAACUAUUGGUGAUUGGAGAUGGUCCUGAAAAAGUAUUUUACACUCAUAACUUUGAUACAUUGACAAGUAUGGGAGACAAUCUUCUGCGGGACAUCUGUUCAAAAGCAGCCUGCAGUGAUCUGAACAAGGCUGAUAUCAUCUUUCUAAUUGAUGGAUCAGGAAGCAUAAACUCUGAAGACUUUAUGAAAAUGAAAGCUUUCAUGGCCUCUUUUGUAAAGAAAGUCAACAUUGGAUCAGAUAAAGUUCAGAUUGGUGCAAUACAGUUUUCAUCUGCACCAACUCUGGUUUUCGAGCUUAAUAGGCAUUCUGCGAAACCUGACCUACAGCAUGAAUUGGAUAGCAUGCAACAGUUGGGAGGAGGAACUGAAACAGGUCAAGCACUGACAUUUACUGCAGAUUACUUUCAUGGAUCAAGAGGAGGUCGACCUAAUAUUGCACAGUACCUCAUAGUGAUUACAGAUGGAGAGGCACAGGAUGAGGUCCUUACACCUGCCAAAGCUUUAAGAGAUAAAGGAAUCACUAUUUUUGCCAUCGGUAUCUUCAAUGCCAAUAUGACUCAGCUUUUAGAGAUUGGAGGAUCCCCGACUAAAGUGCAUUACAUUGAAAACUUUGAUGCUCUAACAGAAAUACAGAAGCAAAUUUUAUGGGAGAUUUGCAGUCCCUGGGAAGAUUGCCAGAAAGCAGAAGUUGCAGACAUCGUUUUUGUUGUAGAUGGGUCAGGUAGUAUAGGCCCUGCUCAGUUUGACAGCAUGAAGCACUUCAUGGCAGCAGUGGUGAACAGCUCUGAUGUUGCAGUGGACAAAGUGCAGUUCGGAGCCGUUAUCUAUGGUGACCGACCCCAAACAAUAUUCAAGCUUGAUGAAUACACAACAAAAACUGAGGUCGGUGAUGCAAUUUAUGGAAUACAACAGGCAGGAGGAUCGACUUACACAGCAAUGGCCCUCAAACAUGCAACCAGUCUAUUAGAUCCAGUAGGAGGAGGUCGAAAACAACAAGGGGUUCCACAGUUCUUAGUAGUCAUAACUGAUGGGGAAGCUACAGACAAAUCAGACUUACUAGCUGAAGCUAAAGCCAUCAGAAGCAGCGGUGUUGAUAUCUAUGCUGUUGGUGUAGCUGGUGCCAAUGAAGAUGAACUUCUAGAGAUUGGAGGUUCACGAGAGAAGUUCUUUAAGGUUCAGGAUUUUGAAGCCUUGAAAUAUUUAUCAAAGAAUAUUUCUAAAAUACUCUGCGUUGGUUCUAAACCAGAAUGUGAGCUUGACAAAGCAGAUAUUGUUUUUCUAAUCGACGGAUCGUCAAGUAUCGCAAAAAGUGACUUCCAACUUAUGAAGAAAUUCUUGAAAGACUUCACAAAAAUGUUUGACAUUGGUGAAAGAAAAUUCCAAUUCGCAUUGGGCCAGUACAGCACAAAACAAAAGGCAGAAAGUUACCUGAGUAGAUCUAUUGGCCAAAGUACACUUCAUGAUAGUAUUGACAAAAUGAGCCAGCUAGAAGGAGGAACUAACACUGGAAAGGCCCUAACAUUUGUGAAGAGUUUCUUUGAACCAACUCAAGGGAGUCGAAAGAACGAAGGAGUACCCCAGUACCUUCUUGUGAUCACAGAUGGACAAUCACAAGACAGUGUCGUUGCCCCAGCAAACGGUUUGAGGCAACAACAGAUCAAUGUUUUUGCCAUUGGAGUUGGAAGAGCAUUUGAUAGUGAACUGAUACAAAUCGCUGGAGGAGCAGACAGAAAAUUUAGUAUCGAGAAUUAUGCUGACUUAGAUAACAUUAAAAGAAGGAUUGUCCAUAAUUUAUGUAGAACUCCUACAUUGGGUCCUUCUGAGCUUUUUGCUGAUGUUGUAUUUCUGGUCGAAGGAUCUCAGAACAUAGGAAAAAUAGGGUUUCAACAGAUACAGCUUUUUCUUACACAAACUAUUAGCCAGCUGAAUAUUGGAGCGGAUAAAUACAGAAUCGGACUUGCUCAGUAUAACAGGGACGUGCACAAUGAGUUCUUCUUGAAUCAAUUUGUCACAAAGGGCCAGGUGCUGAAUUACGUAAGGAAGAAGUUUACCUAUAGAGGUGGAGCAGGACUAAAAACAGGACAUGCUAUUGAUUACCUUCGCUCAAACUACUUUAUACCAUCUGCUGGAAGUCGAAAGGAUGAAGGUGUUCCUCAGAUUGCAGUGGUCAUUUCUGCCACACCAUCAGAAGAUGAUGUGUUGGGAAAUCAGAUUUAG